UGUCCGCCGGGAAGGUCCACAUUUGCUCAGUAGGAAUGCGGUAGGCGGGGCUGCUAGGCUAGUGUCAAACUUUGGGAAUGACAGGAGUGCUGCAGGAUUCGCAAAGAAGGGGAAGUGUCGCCCUCGUUGGUCCUGUUUGGAUUACUUUGACUUCUUUUUCCGCGCAGUCUUUGGAUUCGGCGCCUCUCCCACAGACAGCACGGCCCCCAGCGGACUCCUCAGCCAUGUCGGAGGACCUGAGCUCCCAACCCUGGUCCAUCAACAAAGAUGAUUAUGAGCUGCACGAGGUGAUUGGGAGUGGGGCCACCGCGGUGGUUCAAGCGGCCUACUGUAUACCACGCAAGGAGAAGGUGGCCAUCAAACGCAUCAACCUAGAGAAGUGCCAGACUAGUAUGGACGAACUCCUGAAAGAGAUUCAGGCUAUGAGCCAGUGCCACCACCCCAAUAUUGUGUCUUACUACACCUCCUUUGUGGUAAAGGAUGAGCUGUGGCUGGUCAUGAAGCUUCUCAGUGGAGGCUCCGUGCUGGACGUGAUCAAGCAUAUCAUCUCACGAGGCGAACACAAGACAGGCGUCCUGGACGAGGCAAGCAUAGCCACCGUGUUGAAAGAUGUGCUAGAGGGCCUGGAGUACCUACACCGAAACGGACAGAUCCACAGAGAUCUUAAGGCUGGAAACAUUCUCCUCGGGGACGAUGGCUCAGUGCAAAUUGCAGACUUUGGCGUCAGUGCCUUUCUAGCCACAGGUGGUGACAUCACUCGAAAUAAAGUGCGCAAGACAUUUGUGGGAACGCCAUGCUGGAUGGCCCCAGAGGUCAUGGAACAGGUGAGGGGUUAUGAUUUCAAAGCAGAUAUUUGGAGUUUUGGGAUCACAGCCAUUGAGCUCGCCACAGGGGCUGCACCUUAUCACAAAUACCCACCAAUGAAGGUCUUGAUGCUGACGUUGCAGAAUGACCCCCCUUCCCUGGAGACUGGCAUCACAGACAAGGAGAUGGUAAAGAAAUAUGGCAAAUCCUUCAGGAAGAUGGUCUCCAUGUGUCUACAGAAGGACCCAGAAAAAAGGCCAACAUCCUCAGAGUUGUUGAAGCAUAAAUUCUUUCAGAAAGCAAAGACCCAUGAGUACUUACAUGAGAAGUUACUUCAGAGGGCGCCCACAAUAACAGAGAGGUCAAAAAGGGUACGUAGAGUGCCAGGUUCCAGUGGUCGGCUGCAUAAAACGGAAGAUGGCGAAUGGGAAUGGAGUGACGAUGAGCUGGAUGAAGAAAGUGAAGAGGGCAAAGCAGCUGUUGCUGCCUUAAGGUCACCAAGAGUGAAGGAGGGAUCACAGAAUUCAGAGGUUUUCCAGACUCCUGAGCCUUUAAGUACUCAACUCCAGCCGAUGGCCGCAGGUCAGGCAGAACUACCUCAGGCUGUAGGCCAGGUUCCACUGCAGCCCACACCAGUCAACACUCAAUCCACUGCCCAGGCUGCAUCUCCCACACCCGGUGUACCCGCCGCUGCUGCUGUUCCCACACAGGCCCUAGCUGUCUCAGGGGAUGUCAAGGCUCCCAUUAGUUUGGUAUUAAGGUUAAGAAAUUCAAAGAAGGAGCUAAAUGACAUCCGCUUUGAAUUUAUGCCAGGGAGGGACACAGCAGAUGGUGUGUCCCAGGAGCUAGUGUCUGCAGGCCUGGUGGACGGGAGGGACUUAGUAAUAGUUGCUGCAAAUUUGCAGAAAAUAGUUGAUGAGCCUCAAGCCAAUAAAAAUGUCACUUUCAAACUGGCUUCUGGAACUGAGGGAUCCGAAAUACCAGACGAUGUCAAAUUGAUGGGCUUUGCUCAGCUCAGCAUUAGUUAAACUGUUGUUCUACCUGGGACCGUGACUUGCCUAAAAAAUGUGAAAAUUAAAAAAGAAAAAAAAAAUAGUUUAAUGCAUUUUUUUCUUUCUAUGGCUGUAAAGAAAACCACUACUGCCAAAGAAAACAGUACCGUUUUGUCACCCAUAGGAUUAUACAAUGCCGCCUGAUUGAAUUGGGUGGCCGAAGUAUCAGAGCGUACAAAAUAAGAAUCACUCAAACAAGUUUACAGCGUACAUGUAGAAGGAUGCAAGUAUCUACAACAAACAGUUUCCAUUUCCCACUCUGGUCUCCCUCAUUCUGUUACUUUCUUCUCUUUAAUAUGUGAUGCAUUUGCACAAUCUGAACUAAUGCCCUUGAAUCCUGAUAAGUGUAACAAUGCCUUAUAUUCAUCUGAACUACUGAAUGCACGUUUUGGGGAAGUCCCCAGUUACCAUAUGGAGCAUUAUGUUGUCUGAAAUGUACAAAUGUGGUUUCAGUUGCUUGUGUCAAACUUUUUUACUUCAUUUUGAGAGAAGGUAAGAUGCAGCUUACCAAGCCAAUUCAAAUUUUACACACAAUUCUGUACUCAACCGAUGAGUGCCGACGUAAUGUGGCACAACAAAUGUAAUGUGAAACAAGAGGAAGAUGUGACCACUCCCAACAGUAACAAUCUUUAAAUGAUAAGAAAAAAAAGAUGUGUUAGUCUGUCUCUUAGUACUUUCUGACUCCACUGCACUGUCUGUGGCACUCAACCUCAAGCUCAUUCAAAUCUUCAAAAAGUGGUCACAAAUAUAGUAAAAAAAAAAAAAAUUAAAAGGCAAAGUUAUUUCCAGAAACAGCUGGACACAAAUGUUGCUCAAACAGAAUUAAAUAGUGCAUUAAUUGGGAACUAUUUUCAGCUGCGGAUUAAUAGACAUUUGGUGCCCUAGUGACAAUUUACAGCAAAAACAUGUCACCACCAUAGUACAACGGUGUGGCUUAUCGAUGUGUUUUUAAUAGUUUUUUGGGGCAAGAAUGGAGCUCUAUGGCACAAAGAAAUACAAUAUGUUAGUCUUUGGAUACACAGAAAAUAUUUCAUGGGAUUUGUUGACAAUAAGAAGCUUAAUGAUUGUUAGUCUUAUCAUUUUAAGUACCGCCACAACCAACAUUAUCAGAAAGGAAAGUCUCUUUAUGAACUCAAUGAAACUGGUUUUAAAUGAUUACACAUAGAUUGUAGAGGACUUCAGCUGAUUCUAAACUUCAACACAUUUAUCAAAUUGUAAAACCUGAAUGAUUAGGAAAAAGGAGUACAAGGUAAUAUUGACUACAGAAAUUCUUCAAAGAGAAUCAGAUUUUCCUCCACUCAUUUCACACACAAUACUGGUCUUUUUGUACAUUUGACUAUACAUUUAAAUUGUAGUAAAGUAAAUGAGUUUUACAACAGCUGAAACCACAAGUGUUGUAUGAACAGAUGUGUCUGUUUGUAUUAGUUUGUGUCUGUUUGGAAUCAGUUUCUCAAAUUCUUCAAAAAACAAGAAAAAAAGACUUAAGUGCAUUUUUGUUUAUGUGGAUGAAACAUAAGUACUUGAUUUAACCUCUAGUAUGUAAAUAAUGACAUUUGGCUUUGAUUUGUUUUUAUACUGGGUGUUUCACUCUUGGCCUUUUUUCUGUCCUAUGACACGAUUGUGGGUUGUAGCGUUGUGUGAAGGAAGACGACGACACUGCAAAUUUAGCUUUGAAUUCUUUCAUUUUGCAGGACAUACUGUCACUUGCUGUAUGUCACGUAUGACGCUCAUUUACCUUUACUCAUGAAGCUUUUCAUUUUUUGCCUUUGAAAAGUUUGAAUAUAUUUUACCGUGGAGCCACAGCUGUCCUGAUGAACCGCUCAAUACCUGUCCACCUUAAAUUUCCCUCCAAUUUUGAGCCGAGCAGCAGCAAAUCUGUCUCCAACUCUUAAUGAUACCAAGUGGAGCCUGUUUACAGUACUUUAACUCACAUCUGAAGUCAUAAAGCUGCUUCAUCACUUGGCUAAAAUAAAGAUUUUACACCCUCCAGUUUGGAGAAAAGCUAAGCUAUGACUGUCGACACUUUGAACCAUCAGAAAUAUGUGUUUUGGAUUUGGCAGAAAGAGGCUGUUAUCAGUACAGAUGUCACAUCCUUUCAAACACACUCUGAAUGUGCAUCUCACAGUUAUUGGCACCGAUGGCAGUGGCAGGUUUAUUUAACAUUCUGCUCUAAUGUGUAGAUCUGAAACGCCAGCAAGGUUUUACUGUUUAGUUUGGUGAUGUGAUAAACCCUCCAGAUGCCAUAUUGAAUGAAAAUGAAUGAUAUUUUUUUUUUGCUUGCAGAUAAAAUGUUAAGAAGAAAUCUUUGUAUUUUGACUUUAAACAUGUUAAAUUUUACGCUAGCCUUAAAUUGAAAAUGACCAAGUGUUUUUUUUUUUUUUUGGACAUGAUGUCAAAGUUUAUGAUUCAGAUUUUCAGUGUCUUUGAAAUGUAGUUCUUGUUAGACGUGAAGAUACCCGAAAUAAAGAUAUACAGGUGUGUCGACCCUGUGUUCUCCUCAAAGGGGAGCGACAAAGUCAGCAACCCAUUGUUACUCUAAAGUUUCUAAACUGCAGUAUUUGGUGCCAUUCUCCUGGUUUAAUCUGCAGCUGACAGCAGAUUAGGACAGGAUAAGUGUGUAUGAGCCCUGAGAAGUGUGUGUGUGUGUGUGUGUGUGUGAGUGUGUGUGUGUGUUGCGUAUGAGCCCUACUUCUUAACGGAGUUGAAGAUCUAAUGGCUUUGUUCUCAUCCUUUCUCCAACAGUCUCUUCUGUUCUGCUCUCCCAUGUAGUCUAACAGAGCUGUAGCAACUGAACAGAUGAUCGACAAAAACACUUUUGUCCAGGCAAUAACUCAACAAGGCUGUAAUAUAUUUAAAUUUCCCACCUGUUUUCAGUUUUUUUUUUUUCAUUCUUUCAUUUGCUCUAUUUUUGAUCGUUUUGUAGUUCAAAACAUGUUUCUCUAGAUUAUUUUUAAUCAAUAAAGAAUGAGCAUAUCAUCCA